AUGGAAGAACCUAUGGUUACUAUUAUGACUACUACUCUCCUCAUCCAAUCCGUAGAAAAGCGGAAUGCUCCUAAGAGGAAUACGGCAAAACCUCCAUUUGGUGCUCCUGGUCUUGUAAAAGCCAGUGAUGGUACUCUCAUGCCAUUUAAAGAACUCAACAUUUAUGAAAAUUAUCUGGAUGUUAUGAGGUAUGUGGAUGGUGAACCCCCUGAGAAAUCCUCUAAUCAAGUGUUAACCUGCUCUUCCUCCCAACCAGUAACCGUGGGUAUACGAAAAGCUACUCAGGAAAAACAUACGAAACAUCAGAUUGUCAAUUCUGGGUAA